GGAUUUGAAGCUGUGUCAGCAGAGGUUUCUGGGCUGUGUAUAUGAGAGGACGGAGACGGACGCUCAGGUUACUACAGAACCCACGGCUUCUUUCUGUGAACGGUCCAGCUCUGAUCAUGCUGCUGUGGACGCUGCUCCUGAUGCUGUCCCUGACUGGUGUCGUCAGGGCCCAGCGUGUCCAGGGUGUGAAGAAAGACGACGCCUGCAUGUGUGAGGUGGACACCACCGCGUGGAUGUUUCCUGCUGUGAAGUACGAAGAGACAAUGCACAGUGUUCUGACAUGUAACGAUUCUCUGUACAAACUGCAGGAAAAGGUGAGUCGGUCGCUCCAGCGCCUCCCUCAGGUCUGGGAUCUGAUCAUCAACGUGACAGCCCGGCUGGAGCCGUACCAGUUCCUGCAUUACCAGGGCUUGUACAGUGACCUGGCUCUGAGGAAACUGCAACAACAGCUCAGCAACCUGGCAGAGGAUGUGGAGUCCCUCCACGACGAGUUUGGAAGCGGCGAAACACAGAAACUCUCUAAAGAUGUGGUGAAACUGCGCAGCGAUGUAUCCAGGAUGACCAUGACUGACACUAAUAACAUGAGGACGGUCAAAGAGAGACUGCGCUCCCUGAAGAACCGAGCCCAGUCCUGCAGGUCCAUCCCCCAAGACUUCAGAGGCAAGGACAAGUACUGUCUUAAAGGCCUGCUCAGAAACAUCAGUGCUGCCGUCAUAAGCAAGGUCAGCCCCUACGGUAAGAGCACCAUCUCUGGCUCCUGGGGCAAACAGGCCCAGAUGAAGGAGGUGGAGGGCUAUAGACAGGAGGAGAGAGAGGGAGAGACAGAGGAGGUGGACGACCGCUACUGGGUCCAGCCUCUGACCAACAGCCACGCUUUUGGAAACGUUCUACGGGUCUACAAGACGUACGAAGACUUCAUGGCGUCUACUAACCACAGAGAUUACAGCUUCGCUCCGUCGGUCUCCCAUUCCAAUUCCAUCGAGGGCCCCAGUGCCGUCCUGUACGGCGAUGCUCUCUACUACCACUGUUACCGCUCUGCCGACGUUUGCCGCUACGACCUAACAACCAACACCGUCAAACGGGUCACGCUCCCAGGCACAGAGGUGGGUUUCAACAACAAGUUCCCGUACUGUUACUACGAGUGUCGCGAUUACAGCGACAUAGACAUAGAAGUGGACGAGACGGGACUGUGGGUCAUCUAUGCCACGAUGGGUAACCACGGUAACCUGGUGGUGAGCCGUCUGAUUUGGGACAGCAACUCGGAGACGGUGAAUGUCACUCAGACGUGGGAGACCCAACAGUUUAAGAAGGCGGUGAGCAAUGCCUUCAUGGCGUGCGGUGUGAUGUACGCCACGCGCUUCGUUGACAAAUACCGUGAGGAGGUCUUUUACGCCUUCGACACAGCUACAGGCAACGAGGAUAACACUCUGGCAGUGCCCAUAGAGAAGAUAGCCAAAGGAGUGUCCAGUCUGAGCUACAACCCCACCAACAAGCAGCUCUACAUGUUCAACGACGCCUACCUGCUGGCAUACGAGGCCCACUUCGAACUAGGCCGCACCCCACAGUGAGCUGUGGUGAGCUGUUUUGGCAUCUGUCUUCAUAAAAAUUCACACAGCUUGUGAUUUUAAAAUUCACACUAUGUAACAUGUAUUUUCUCAUAUAAAAAGCAAAUAAAAUUCAAUAAAACAGGACCUGUAGAGUGAA